CAAAGCUCACACCGUAAUUUAAUUUAAUGGUAUAGUAGAUUCCAGGUGGCCUAAUAGGACACCACUGCUAAAGAUUCCUCAGUGUGGUGUGAAGGGGGUGUUCGGUGAUUGUGGGAUUAGGUAGUUGAUUGUGGAUGACUCGGUAACAGCCAAGCUUUCAUUAAAAUUCAUUCAAUUACACAUAUUUUCUUCGAUCGCCAUGGCGGAGGCUUCUUACAAGUAUAUUAUUUUGGGUGGAGGCGUAGCAGCUGGUUAUGCCGCAAGAGAAUUUGUCAAGCUGGGGCUUAAAUCCGGGGAGCUUGCCAUCAUAUCAAAAGAAGCUGUAGCACCAUAUGAACGACCUGCUCUUAGCAAGGCCUAUCUCUUUCCAGAAGGGGCAGCACGACUACCAGGUUUCCAUGUCUGUGUUGGCAGUGGAGGAGAGAGGCAGCUUCCAGAAUGGUAUUUUGAGAAAGGCAUAGAACUGAUACUUAGUACCGAGGUGGUGAAAGCUGAUCUCAGCUCCAAAACUCUUACCAGUGCAGAAGGGAAAACUUUCAAAUAUGAAGUCUUGAUCAUUGCUACUGGUGCCACUGUUAUCAAGUUGUCAGACUUUGGUGUUCAAGGAGCUGAUGCCAAGGGCAUCCACUAUCUGAGAGAGAUAGAUGAAGCUGAUGCCUUGAUAGCAGCACUAAAAUCAAAAAAGGAAGGGUCAGCUGUGGUUGUUGGUGGAGGAUAUAUUGGUCUUGAACUGGCUGCAGUCUUAAGAAUUAACAAGUAUAAAGUUAAAAUGGUGUACCCUGAGCCAUGGUGCAUGCCUCGUCUUUUCACUGCGGACAUAGCUUCUUUCUAUGAGGGUUAUUAUAAAGGGAAGGGCGUAGAAAUUGUCAAAGGCACCGUGGCAACUGGAUUUAGCACAGACGAGGAAGGACAUGUCAAGAUAGUAAAGUUGAAAGAUGGGAGGGAACUUGAAGCAGACAUUGUUAUUGUUGGUGUUGGAGCAAGACCUCUGACGAGGUUAUUCAAAGACCAACUUGAGGAGGAAAAGGGUGGUAUUAAGACUGAUGCCUUUUUCAAGACUAGCAUUCCUGAUGUUUAUGCUGUGGGAGAUGUGGCAACUUUUCCAAUGAAGAUUUAUGGGGACGUUAGAAGAGUAGAGCAUGUCGAUCAUGCUCGGAAGUCAGCAGCACAAGCUGUGCAGGCAAUCAAAGCCAAAGAGGAAGGAAAGAGCAUUGAAGCAUAUGACUAUCUUCCCUUUUUCUACUCCCGAUCCUUUGAUUUAUCAUGGCAAUUCUAUGGGGACAACACUGGUGAAGCUAUUAUAUUUGGUGACAAUAACCCUGCUACACCAAAAGCUAAAUUUGGUUCAUAUUGGAUAAAAGAUGGCAAGAUUGUAGGUGUAUUCUUGGAGAAUGGUACUCCUGAAGAAAACAAAGCUAUUGCUAAGGUAGCACUUGUACAGCCUGUGGUAGAAAGCACAGAACAACUCAUUAAGGAAGGGCUGGCCUUUGCUUCCAAGAUAUGAUAGUUCUUGGAGUCAGUUACCAACUUGGUCGUUUGCCGAUUUUUGUUUUAUAAGCUUUGUCUAUUUCUUGUAGGGAGUGUUUUCUAAGCAAUAUCAGCUACUAGAUAAAUUUUAAAGUAUAGUUAUAGAUUUGUUACUAGCAGGGAUUGUAUAUUCAUAAGUAUUUCUAUUGUGGUCGUAUGAAAUAAAUGCUCAGAUCUGCACUGAUUUCUCCAUGGUAAUAUCAUAUAUGACCUUACCUUUUUAAUCUUA